AUGUGGAACAAUUUAUUAUUAUUACUAUUAUUAUUAUUAUUAUUGUUAUUAUUAUUAUUAUUAUUAUUAUUAUUAUUAUUAUUAUUAUUAUUAUUAUUAUUAUUAUUAUUAUUAUUAUUAUUAUUAUUAUUAUUAUUAUUAUUAUUAUUAUUAUUUUUAUUAUUAUUAUUAUUAUUAUUAUUAUUAUUAUUAUUAUUAUUAUUAUUAUUAUUAUUAUUAUUAUUAUUAUUAUUAUUAUUAUUAUUAUUAUUAUUAUUAUUAUUAUUAUUAUUAUUAUUAUUAUUACUAUUACUAUUAUUAUUAUUAUUAUUAUUAUUAUUAUUAUUAUUAUUAUUAUUAUUAUUAUUAUUAUUAUUAUUAUUAUUAUUAUUAUUAUUAUUAUUAUUAUUAUUAUUAUUAUUAUUAUUAUUAUUAUUAUUAUUAUUAUUAUUAUUGGUAAGGAGAAAUGGAGCGAACUUUCCUUUUGCUGCUCUCCUGAACAAUGCUUUAUUUGUACUAUUUUUUUAUUCUGACUUCGUAGAUUUUAAAUGUUAA